ACUAUAAUAUAAUAUAUAAAUAACUAAUAUUUAGCUUACUUUAAAAAUUAAAAUAAUGGCAUAUUAUUAUAAUUCAUACUUUAAAUAAUAUGUACAAAUCGAUUGUACAUAGGUAGUAUUUAUAAAUGAAUGAUAACUUAAUAUUUUAAACUGAUAUUUAUUAUUAUGUAAUGAGUAAAAUAAAAAACGUAUUUUACUUUAAUGAAAGACGAAAGUGUAAAUAAGGUAAUAAGUUAGUGUCCAUUCAAUGUUGGAUGUUGGAAAAAAAUUUAAUAUCAUAAUAAUUAAAAAUAGAAAAACGCAAAAUGGACAAAGUCGAUAGCAGAUCUACUGUAGAUUUAGAUGAACCAGAUAAGCUGCCUCGCGAUCUUAGUAUAUCUUAUUGGGAUCUGUUUGCAUUAAUUCUUGCAAUAGUUAGUCAUAUUGUUGAUGUUUGCAUUGAUUUCAAUGUAGCCUAUCAGUAUUAUAAAUAUGAGAAAAAUGUGUAUUUUGUAUUAACAAUUGUUUUCAUGGCUGUUCCAUCUAUCAUUAAUACAUAUAUGAGUUUAAAAAUUUAUUCUUUACAAGAAGAUAUGCAAGAAGUUACUAGAAAAUUCUUAAGAAAUCCGGCAUUACUUCUUAUAAUGCUUUUACUACAAAUGGCACCAGUAUUUCGAUAUUAUGAUGUCUUGAAGUAUGCAAUAAAGUCUCGUAAAGCAGCUCAAAACGGAAAUUAUGAAAACCAAAGAAAGUAUUAUGCUCUUAUGGCUAAAGAAGAUUCAUACGUGUCUUUACUACGACUCUUUGAAUGUUUUCUUGAAGCAGUUCCUCAGCAAAUAUUACAAAUAUGUAUUGUACUAGUAGAAAAAAAUCAUGGUUCCACUUUUCAAAGUGUUUAAGGAUGGUGUUGCUUAAGGAUGCAGAUUCAUUCAUCAUUGCUUCUGCUAAGUGGUGGAUAUACUAAGUGAUAUGUUUUUUUAAUUUCAUAUACCUGAAAAACUUCACAAAUUGUUUUAUGAUUUGUAUUAGUUAUAUUUUAUUUGCAUGGCUUCUUUUUAUCAUAAGUAAUAACCAUUAUCCUAAUUAACAUUUUUAUUAUUUUAACUAAAUAUUUUACUUUUACUCAAUUUAAUAAAAUAAUAUAUUAGUAGACUCAACAUACUAUAAUUUUUGUCUAUUGCAAAUUAAAAGAUUUUUUUUGUUGUCAAAAUGUGUGUUAACUCUUUAAACAACUAAAAUGUAAAAGUUGUUUUUUUUUAUAAUUUUUGGAACAAAUUAGAUAUUUAGUCACGGGUGGUAUCUCUCUGACCAGGCGGCUGUCUAAAGAGUACUACUAUCCACCUCCAGGAUGACCAAACUACACCUUUACAGCCUAAUCCUGGUCAGAAAUUCCGUAUGAGAAUAACAAUAAAAAUAAUGAUUUAAAACCAAUAUGUUGGUCUUGCACGGAAAAUAGUAUUUUUUUUUUAUUAUUACUUAAUAUUUAUUUUAUGUAAAACUGCCAAUCAAGGGUCACUGCUGCCUGGGUGAUUGCCUGUGCAUCACUGAUCACUGUAUGUUUUGCUGUGUGCCACAAAACUUUUAAGACCAAACAAAAUGUACUGUUUUUUGUAAGGCAUAUGAAAAAUACUACUACUUUUCAUAUAAUAGAUAUCAAUAUGUAGUUUAAUUGUUUUAACAAAUAUAUUUUUAGUUGAUCAUUUUAAUUUAUAAUUGAAAGCCAAUAAAAAAAUUAUAAUAUAAAUCUUGCCUUGGGAAGUAGAUUUUAAACAAUUUUCAGUAAUUUGUGUUGACGAGUUUAUGGAAACCAAAAAUUCAUUUUAUCUUCCAAAAGUGUUUUACACAAAAGUUGGAAAUAUUUGUCAAAGAUAAAAUUGUACAUUUUAUAAAUAUUUAAU